AUGGCCAGGAGCCGGCCUGCGUCUCGUUGGACGCUAUUGCUAUCUUUAGUUGUUCUUAUCGCAUGCAUUGUUGUCCCCGGAUUGGCUGUAAAGCACGAAAAUUUCAAAACCUGUGAUCAAUCAGGCUUCUGCAAACGAAACCGAGCCUACGCCGACAAUGCCUCCGCUCAAGGCUCGUCCUGGCGCUCCCCCUACGAGCUCGAUCCUGCCACCAUUCACUUCAAGGAUGGCCAAUUGACCGGCGUCCUUGUGAAACCCAUCUCUGACACCGAGAAAGUUCAAUUGCCUCUUACGCUUUCCUUCCUUGAAUCCGGUGCCGUUCGGCUGAUUGUUGAUGAAGAGAAGCGGUUGAAGGGUGAUAUCGAAAUCCGACAUGGUAGCAAGGUAAACAAGAAGCGUUACGAUGAAGCCGAAAAGUGGGUUAUCGUCGGUGGUUUGGAUUCCAGCCAAUCGGCAACUCUGGACGCACAAUCCGAGACGGGGUUCACCAAGAUCUUGUAUGGGCCGGAGGGCAAGUUUGAGGCCAUCAUCCGUCACGCUCCAUUCGAGGUUGAGUUCCAGAGGGAUGGUCAGACUCAUGUCCAGCUGAACCACCAGGGUUUUUUCAAUAUGGAACACUGGCGACCGAAGGUGGAGGGCAAGGAGGGAGAGUCUGAGGAAGAUGAGAGCACUUGGUGGGAGGAGAGCUUCGGUGGAAAUACCGAUUCUAAACCUCGAGGCCCCGAGAGUGUUGGUCUCGAUAUUAGCUUCCCAGGCUACAAUCAUGUCUUUGGUAUUCCAGAGCACGCAGACUCGCUGUCGCUCAAGGGGACUCGAGGUGGUUCUGGCAACCACGAAAACCCUUACCGCAUGUACAACUCGGACGUGUUUGAGUACGAGCUUGACAGCCCUAUGACCUUGUAUGGAUCAAUUCCAUUCAUGCAGGCCCACCGCAAGGGCUCUACUGUCGGCGUCUUCUGGCUCAAUGCUGCAGAAACAUGGGUCGACAUCGUCAAGAAGAGUGCUUCAUCUAACCCACUCUCGAUGAGUGCUUCUUCGAAGACAAACACUCAUACCCAUUGGUUCUCCGAGGCGGGUCGGAUCGAUCUGUUCGUCUUCCUGGGCCCAACUCCCCAGGCUCUCAGCAAGACCUAUGGUGAACUCACCGGUUAUACUCAGCUGCCCCAGCACUUUGCCAUCGCCUAUCACCAGUGCCGCUGGAACUACGUCACUGACGAGGAUGUCAAGGAAGUGGAUGCCAAGUUUGACAAGUACCAGAUCCCCUAUGAUGUGAUCUGGCUAGAUCUGGAAUACACCGAUGACCGGAAGUACUUCACUUGGGACCCUCUCACCUUCCCCAACCCCAGGGGCAUGCAGGAGAAGCUGGAUGCGUCCGAGCGGAAGCUUGUGGUCCUGAUUGAUCCUCAUAUCAAGAACAAGGAUGAUUAUUAUGUCUCUCAGGAACUGAACAGCAAGGGCCUUGCUGUCCAGAACAAAGACGGCGAAGUAUAUGACGGAUGGUGCUGGCCUGGUUCCUCGAACUGGGUUGACUGCUUCAAUCCCGCCGCAUUCCCAUGGUGGAACAGUCUCCAUAAAUACGACAAGUUCAAGGGUUCCUUGUCCAACCUGUUCAUCUGGAACGACAUGAACGAGCCUUCCGUCUUCAACGGACCCGAGACCACCAUGCCCAAGGACAACAUCCACUAUGGCAACUGGGAACACCGUGAUGUUCACAACGUGAAUGGUCUUACCCUGGUGAACGCCACUUACCAAGCCUUGUUGGAGCGUAAGAAGGGUGAGGUUCGCCGUCCAUUCAUUCUCACUCGCUCGUACUAUGCCGGAGCUCAACGCCUAGCUGCCAUGUGGACUGGAGACAACCAGGCUACCUGGGACCACCUGGGCGCCUCCCUUCCUAUGGUUCUGAACAAUGGUAUUGCUGGCUUCCCAUUCGCUGGCGCUGACGUUGGUGGAUUCUUCCACAACCCGGAGAAGGAGCUUUUGGCCCGCUGGUACCAGGCCGGUAUCUGGUAUCCGUUCUUCCGUGCCCACGCCCACAUCGAUACUCGUCGUCGCGAGCCGUACUUGAUCAGCGAACCGUACCGAACCAUCAUUUCUCAGGCCAUCCGCCUGAGGUAUCAGCUUCUACCCGCCUGGUAUACCGCGUUCCACGAGGCAUCCAUCAAUGGCACGCCUAUUGUGCGCCCCCAAUACUACGUCUUCCCGGACGAUGAGGAGGGCUUUGCCAUCGACGACCAGCUGUACCUGGGCGACACCGGCCUCCUUGCCAAGCCCGUUGUGAAGGAGAACACUUUCACUACCGACAUCUAUAUUGCCGACGAGGAGAAGUACUAUGACUACUUUGACUUUACCAUCUACCAAGGCGCCGGCAAGCGACACACCGUCCCCGCCCCCGAGGACAAGAUUCCUCUAUUGAUUCAGGGCGGACACAUCAUUCCUCGUCGGGACCGCCCGCGCCGCAGCAGCGCUUUGAUGCGCUGGGACCCCUACACCUUUGUGAUUACUCUCAGUAAGAACGGUGAGGCCGACGGUACUCUCUACGUUGAUGAUGGCGAGACAUUCGACUACGAGCGCGGCGGCUACAUUCACCGCCGCUUCCAGUUCCGUGACUCUGUCCUCUCAUCGGAGGACAUUGGCAUCAAGGGUGCCAAGACCGCCGAGUAUCUGAAGACUAUGGCAGGCGUCACCGUGGAGCGGGUGAUUGUUAUUGAUCCUCCAACUUCGUGGAAGGACAAGAACAGUGUGACAGUCAUUGAAGAUGGGGCUAAGGCUGGAUCCACUGCCUCGCUGGAGUACUUUGAACAGAAGGGCGGCAAGGCUUCAUAUGCUGUUAUCAAGAGCCCGAAUGUUGGUAUUGGCAAGACCUGGCGGAUAGAGUUUUAG